UCUCACACACAUGUCCCAAUUAAUUACAACCCUAAACCCUUCUCAUCAUUCCCUCCCAAUUUUUGAUGCAUGGCUACUGAAGACGUGUCUACAAAUCACGACACUUCUGAUCAGCAAUACUCUUCUCCUCCGCCCGCCAUUGCCUCCCCCACCUCCCGCCGCCACCCCGUCUACCGCGGCAUCCGAUGCCGGAGUGGGAAAUGGGUGUCGGAAAUCCGGGAGCCGCGUAAGACCACGCGGGUAUGGCUAGGGACCUACCCCACCCCGGAAAUGGCGGCUGCUGCCUAUGAUGUGGCGGCGCUGGCGCUGAAAGGCCCCGACGCUUUGAUAAACUUCCCUGGUUUGGCCUCUUCGUAUCCUCUGCCCGCUUCCCACUCUGCUGGAGACAUACACGCCGGCGCUCUGGCUCCACGAAGCGGGGGGGAUCAAAUUCAAUUCCAGCCUCCGGGGAACGAAGCUUCAUCUAGCGCGCAAACGCCGGGAAACGAAUUUGUGGAUGAGGAAGCAUUGUUCGACAUGCCGAAGCUGCUGGUGGACAUGGCGGAGGGAAUGCUCGUCAGCCCGCCGCGGCUGAUGAAAUCCGGGGCAGAGGACGAGGAGUCGCCGGAGAAUUAUUCAAGAAACGAUAGUCUUUGGAGCUACCCUUGAUCCUGAAUCAAGAGAAGAUCAUGAUGAGCUAAGCGGAUCAACAAAAUCUCCUGAUGAAUAUUUAUAAAUAUAUGUACAGUAGUAGGGCGUGUUUGGAUCUGCCUUUUAAGACCAAAUCCUCUACCUUGGUUUAUACCCUUGUUUUAUCUUCCUCUUUCAGCUUUUUUUAAGCUGGCUUGUGGCUUUUUUACCUGCUUAUCGGGAAGCUGGCUUGCUUUCUGAAGAGACCUGCUGCACGUUAAUUACUACUGCUGUUGCCAAGGCAUCAGAAACUCUUCCACUGUGAAAACUGCUUACGCUUGAGCAAGCAAUUUUUACUAGUGUAUACAUCUAUAAUAAAUACCCACAUCUCUCUA